AGCCGGGGCGGGGCGAGAGCCGGGCUGAGCUAGCGCGCCAGACAGCCGGGGAGCUGCGUGCCGGGAGGGUCCCCCUCUGGCAUCUCCAAACGCGCCCUGGGCGCACCGUCCUUUCCUUGGCUCGCCUUGCGUGCGCGGAUCGAGGCUCCCGCGGCGAGCUCAGGCGCCGGAUGCCGUUCCCCGGCGGCUUGUGGUGGUUGCUGUGCUGCAGGCAAGGCUUCACUUUGCUCCGGCGCGACUAUGGCGAGGCAGGCAAAGGGGGGGCGGACGACGACGAAGCCGAGGAGUCCUUCGAAUUGCGCAGCAAAGGCGACGAGGGAGCUCCCUUGCAGGUGAACACCACUCAGCCCAGUCGGAUCAGCAGCGGUUCCGAAAGGUCUUUGCCAGUGUCCGAAGAAACGCACAGCCUUAUCACGGAGAAGAAGGGCGGGAGACUGCAAGGAGAACCCGAUGCUAUCGUGAAAGGCUGGCUGCAGCGGGAGGUCCGGGGAGGUAUAAAGACCCCUUGGCUGCGUCCUCGCAAGUACUGGUUUGUGCUGACGGAAGAUUCCCUCGACUACUAUAGCGGGUGUGAGGUGACGGCCCGGUGCCUUGGUUCGCUCGUCCUCACCAGUCUCUGUUCUGUGCUGUGGCCUGACAAGCAGACCUACAAGGAGACAGGAUACUGGGCAGUGACUGUUUUUGGCAGAAAGCACUGCUACCGCCUCUACACAGAGCACUUAAACGAAGCUGUGCAUUGGGUUUGCGCCCUGCAGAAGGUCAUCAUCAGCAAACCCCCCGUGCAGACCCCCACGCAGCUCCUCAUGUGUGACAUUGAGGAGAACCGUAACAGCCCAGAAAUCCUGGAUCAGAUUUAUCAAAAUAAUCCCAUCCUGUGCUACACGGCUGGCCCAAUCUAUGCGCCUCUGCUGCCCUUUCCGUAUGCAGCUCCCGGUGGCCAGGGCUACGCGGGGAUCCGUGACGAAGCUGUCAAGCUGUUCCACUCGCUGCAGCAGCUGGAAGGGCUGCGGGAGCCAGCCCUUCUCAUGCAGGGGGUGCUGCAGACUUGCCAUGACCUCCCCGCCCUGGUGGACGAGAUCUACUGCCAGCUGGUGAAGCAGACCACAGAGCCUCCAGCACCGGGUGCAGCCGCAGACCUGCGCUACUGGCAGCUGCUUGCUUGCAUGAGCUGCACUUUCAGGCCGUCACUUCCUGUGCUGUGCUACUUGCAGCUGCAUCUCCAACGGACAGAGAACCAGUUCCCAGGCUCGGAGGCGACUUGGUACGGACGCUUCAUCGCAGAGGCCCUGCACAAGACCAAGGGGCGAGAGUGCGUGCCUUCGCUGGAGGAGAUUGCGGGCCUGAUGGGGCGCCAGGAGACCGAGUGCGGUGUGCACUGCCCUAGCAUCGCCUCCUGCAAUGUGGCCGUCACCUCCCAGACCACAGUCCAGGAGGUGGCCCUGGAGCUGAUGUUGCGCCUGGGCCUGGCGCAUAGCCCCAACUCAUUUGCCCUCUACCAGGAGAGCUGGCAGCACGUGCGCCCCCUGCCGGAGGAUGCCCUGGUGGCAGAUGUUCUCACGAGGUUCAAAAGCUCAGCUGGGGAAGAGCCACCCGGGAAGCCCCCUGGGAGACUCUGGUUCAGGCAUUAUGGGUGUCUGAACCUGGACUGCGUCCCCUGCAACAGCCAGGAGUUUGCAGUGCUAUUUGAACAGGGGAUCUCUCGCUGGAGCAUCGUCUGCUGGGCUGUGGGCUCUCCCGCCCGCGGUCAAGCUGCAAGCGGAGUGGAAGCAGCUCCCGUGCAGCCAUUUCCUGGAGACAGCCUCUCUGAUGGGAGUUGCCAUGUACGAACGGAAACGGAUACAGGGGACGAGGCAGCCAGAGAACAGCCUGGCGGGCACGUGGUCGGCCUUUGGGUCUGUCCUCUGUGAUGCAGAGGUUUAUUUAUCAGGUAAGUCGUCCCACCUGCACUUCCGUAUUUCCUGGCACGGCUUGAGAAGGCACACGAUGGAGACAGGUGGCACACACUUGAGGCCAAUUGUGAGGAGCAGUGGGCAGGCACUGCUAUUUGGCAAAGCAGGAUCUGACCAUUAUUGUGGAGGGAGGAUUUUCCAAGACAAUGUAGCACACACCAGUAUCAAAACAGAUUUGGGUGUGUUUAUCUUUCUCUAGGGACCCAGGUGGCGCUGUGGUUUAAACCACAGAGUCUAUGGCUUGCUGAUCAGAAGGUCGGCGGUUCAAAUCCCUGCAAUGGGGUGAGCUUCCCGUUGCUCGGUCUCAGCUCCUGCCCACCUAGCAGUUCGAAAGCACAUCAAAGUGCAAGUAGAUAAAUAGGGAACGCUCCGGCGGGAAGGUAAACAGUGUUUCCGUGCGCUGCUCUGGUUCGCCAGAAGCGGCUUUGUCAUGCUGGCCACAUGACCCGGAAGCUGUCUGCGGACAAAACGCCGGCUCCCUCGGUCUAUAGAGCGAGAUGAGCGCCGCAACCCCAGAGUCGGACACGACUGGACCUGAUGGUCAUGGGCCCCUUUACUUUUACCUAUCUUUCUCUAACGCUGCUUUCAUGCAGCAGCUUGCAUUAUCUUCUGGAAAGGGUGUAUUUUCAACACUUAGGGAUUUGCAUCGUGCUGGGGCAACUCUUAAAACCUGUGCUAUUUUCCUAGAGGUGCCAGAACUCACCACAAACUCCUCCCUUGUUCUCUCAUAAUGGCAAUGGCGCCCACCUGAGAGAUGCUGGAACUGUGUUCAGGCUGGAAAAAAGUCCUGCGUCUUUAACUGAUAUUGUGGGACCUAGUCAGGACAGGGCAGUGACACAAGGUGGUAAACAAGUUUUGCUGAAACGACACGUUGGUACUAUUGUGGGCAGCAACUGUUGGCUUUAGAAAAGGGACUCCCUACCCUGUGGCUUGUCCUCAGUCCCAAGGUGGCUGCGGUUGGGGAUUAAGUACAUUAUGGAAACCUGAUUCAUCUCAAUAAAUCUACUUUGAAAUGUGCAUUUUUCACCCACCCCUCUUCCUGAAUUAUCAAAACCCCCCCCCCCCGUUUUUGUACAAUCUGAAAAUUUUAUUUUGGUAAUCAAACUAGUGAGAAAUGGCACCUCUGACUAUAUUGUCUCUCCACUUACUAAUGGUUUCAGAUUUUUCGAAAAGAACAGUGUAGCCUAUAUAAACACAAAUCAAGCCUUUCUCCGUAACCUAGCCCUAGGGAGGGUCAGAGUUGAAACCCUAGCAAGCGAGCAGACUAUCCUCUCUAGGCCACUUAAAAAUAAAUAAAUAAAUCAUCUUGUGUUUAGUGUUUCACCAAAUAGAUAACCAUCUCACUGGUUGUCUUUAGCGCUUCAAAACAGUUUCUCCUUCCCUUCAUCAAAGGGAAGCGGAGCUCCUUGCUUGCAGAAUAUAUACAGCUCUCUGGCCAGUCUGGCUAAAGGAUAUAGACCAGGCAUAGGCAAACUUCGGCCCUCCAGAUGUUUUUGACUACAAUUCCCAUCAUCCCUAGCUUACAGGACCAGUGGUCAUGGAUGAUGGGAAUUGUAGUCCAAAACAUCUGGAGGGCCGAAGUUUGCCUAUGCCCUGAUAUAGACUACCCCUUUCUGCCCACUCCCCUAUUGUCCUUUAAGGUCCUCCGCUCGGGAGGCGGAGACUUAACCUGCAAGCAGUGGGGCAGGAAACGGCAUAGGAGGGGUGGGCCGAGCUCUGACCUUGCCCUAUUUUCUUCUCAGGCAAAGGAGGCGGUGCAGCAGGCCCAGCAUAUUCCGCACGGAGCUGCAGGAGGAGACUCCCGCGGUGACCGCCACCAACAAACAAAAGGACUGCACUUAACCAAGCGGCCAGCAGUGGGACCCUGCCUGCGCCGACUUUUCGCCCUGGCAGCAGCCUUGGAAGGCCAGGGAUACCUAGUGCCUCCCCCAGCCCAGACACUUGUACUGACGAUACCAGUGGUACUUUAUGCUCCUAAGGAGCUGGAAACGUAUGUCCUCUCCUGUGUAGAGGGAUUCCCUUCCCUUCCCCAACGUGUGUAAAAAUUUAUUUAUAUCGAUA